AUGUCAGCCCAACAUUGGGGUGCACGUCAGCAACAAGGGCAGCACCCGAGCCCAUAUCCACAAGGCAGCAAAAGCAAAGGCACAGAGGAGCGCUCUUCGCGUCGUUCCUAUGGCCUCGGCCUAGCCGGCUUUGAUGACGCCGAUCCCCCUGCACCUUCAAGCGGUUACCAUGGCGGUGACAGCAUCGCCAUGGGGCAGCCAGCUUACGAGAUGCAUCCAACACAACAGCCACUCGAUCCCCUUUCCUACUCCCCGACCGUUGCAUAUCAGCCUUGGGACUCUGAGCAGGAGAAAGUGUUGCGAGCUCAGUCUUCACGCACGCGACUCGUUCCAUCGCGUCGCAAUUCUCUAGCCUCGUCUGCCUACCAGCACUCCCACGCUGGAGACCAGGGCGAGCAUCCACAGCGAGACUAUUGGGAGCAAUCAGCCCUGCAGCCAUCAGCAGCCUUCUUCGAGCCAGACUACAAGCUUCAAAUAGAGCCACCGAGUCAAUACACCACUGUCGACCACACGCAUGACGAGCAAGGCGGCAUCGCUCGAAAGCGGUUGUUCGAGUAUGGGUUGCACGACGCCCAAGGGAAAAAGACGCUCAAGUUCUGGACGAUCAUCUUGGCCUUUUGCAUCACGGUCACGCUGACAGCGCUCGACAUGACAAUGAUCUCGACCGCCUUGCCCUCCAUCGUCCAAGAUUUGCCCGAGUCGACGAUUGCCGGUGGCUGGGUGACGUCUUCGUACCUGCUCACCGUCACGGCCUUUCAGCCGCUCUUCGGUGGACUGUCGUGCGUGAUCGGGCGGCGGUGGUCGACCGUGUUUGCCGUAGUCCUCUUUAUCGGUGGGAGCAUCUUGUGCGGCUGCGCGAACAGUAUCCUUGUGCUUGUCAUCGGACGUGGUGUGCAGGGUCUCGGAGGAGGUGGCAUCCAAGCGGUCGGCGAGAUCACCAUCUCCGACAUCACCACUCUGCGCGAACGUGGUCUCUUUGUCGGCAUCUUCGGGUUGGUGUUUGCGGUAGCCUCGUUCGCAGCUCCUGUCCUGGGCGGCUAUUUCAGCGAUCACGACUGGCGUUGGAUCUUUUGGCUCAACAUCCCCAUUGGAGUCGUCGCCAUGUUCAUGUUGAUCGUGACCAUGAAUCUGCCCGUCCCUUCGAUGCCGUUCAGGACCAAGCUCGCAAAGAUGGACGUGGUCGGAAAUCUGGUGCUGUUCGGCAGUGUCGUCAGCAUCCUCAUCGCGGUGACCGAGGGAGGAAUCUCGUAUCCAUGGACGAGCGUGCACAUCUGGGUACCCAUGGUGGCUGGUGUGGCAGGGUUCUUCCUUUUCCUGCUGAUCGAGUUUGUACCCAACCCGCUGAGCACGCAGCCCGUGCUGCCUCUCAAGCUGUUUAGCAACCGCACUGCAUGCUCUGCCUUCCUCAUGACCUUCCUCCACGGCAUCGCCACGUACGGAGCCAUCUACGCGCUGCCCAUCUACUUCCAAGCGAUCAAGGACCAGAAACCGCUCAAAUCGGCCGUCUCGACCUUCCCCGCCACCGCCCCCACCGCACCCUUCGCCAUCGUCGCCGGCAUCGCCAUGGCCAUGACGGGCAAAUACAAGGACCUGACCUUCAUCGGCUGGUCCUUCACCGCCGGUGGAUUCGGCUGGAUGACGCGCUUCCAAACCAACACGUCUGAGUGGGAGCUCAUUGUUGCGCAGAUCGUCGCGGGUAUCGGAGUGGGGAUCUUGUUUGCCAUCACGCUGCCUCCGAUCCAAGCGAGCUUGCCCGUCGAGGAGCUUGAGACCGCCACGGCGACCUAUGCCUUCUUCCGCUCGUUUGGCGCUAUCUGGGGGAUCGCAAUCACCACGUCGCUGCUGACGGCGAGUGUGAGCGACAAGCUGGGCUCGGUGCCUGAAGCGGCGCAAUUGGGAUUGACCGGUCCAACGGUGCUCGGGUAUGUCGAGAGGAUCAAGAGCUUGCCGGAACCGAUUCGCGAUCAGGUGCGCCAGAUGUACGCCGACGGGCUCCAAAAGGGGUUCUAUGCAUUUAUGCCUGUGGUGGUGGUCGGAUUCGCGUGCUGUAUCUGGAUCCGAGAGCUGCCGCUGCCAGAUUUCAUGCGGGAAGACAAGGAGGGCGGCGACCAUGCCGCCGAGUCGCAACACCAGCCGCCGCAGAAGGACGCGCGACAGGCGCCUUUCCCCACCUCGUCGGCCAACGUCCCGGAGCGAUACAUAGAAAAACACAUGCCCAGCCACGGCGACAGUUCGCAAGAUACGACGCUCGUCGGAUCGAAUGCAGAGCAUCACCAUAUCGUGCAUACCACGUUUGAUGCCUCAGCAUCAGCAGCAGCACCGGAGGCGACGCACGACGUGGUCCGCUACCGCCACGACUAUCAGCAUGAACCGGCGACUCCGGAAGGGUAUGCGUCGAAUGCGUUCCAGUAUGCCGAGUUCUCGCCUGCUCUUGGGUACACCGCCAAGGGCUGGAAGCACGCGGAGAAGAACGCUGGAGGACACUGGCUCGCAGCCCCUCCCAAGGUGUAUAGAUAA